UGUGACUCGGGCCGUCUUUCUCCCGCAGGGCGGUUCUUCUACCAGCGGCUGGGGGAGUUCAUGGCCAGUGGCCCCAUGUGGGCUUAUAUCUUGGCCCAUGAGAAUGCUGUCCCCCUCUGGAGAUCCCUGAUGGGACCCACCAAAGUAUUCCGAGCCCGAAACAGUGUCCCGGACUCCAUCCGAGGAGCUUAUGGCCUCACUGACACCAGGAAUACCACUCAUGGCUCAGAUUCACCAGCAUCAGCCAGCAGAGAAAUUGCCUUUUUCUUCCCAGAGUUCAAUGAACAGCUCUGGUACCAGCAGGAAGAACCACGGCUGCGCUGCGGGCAGGUGUAUUACAAUGCAGAGGGGCGUGUCCACUGUGUGUUCAGGGAUGAAGAAACAGAGUUGACCUGAGUUACCUGGGGGUAUGGUUUGCUGAGCUGGAAGUAGCUGCUAGGCACACUGUUUGGGUCAGCCCCAUAACAAGACAUAGAGCCAUGGCAUGUUUUAAGGAAUGUGGGGGAGGGAAAGACCUGAUGUACAUUAUGUUCUGCUACCUGGAAUUAUGUUAUUCAUGCAGCAUACAGGUGCUGCGGCAUUUUAGGAAAAAUUUCUCAAGUAGCACUACUCCAACUUGAUACAGAGGUCUAGCCAUGCAGUUCACUGGUCCCUCAUGUUUAUUUGGAUAUGAGCGGUAUGUGUGAGUUCAUCAAAGGGCUAGGUGGAAAGUUGCUAGUUCCAGUUAGGAUAUGACUGGUUUUGCUGAUAGUAGGCCUCAGAUUCUUAACAUUUGCUCUGUUUCCACAGUCCCUUAAGGAGAAAAGAGGGGGGAAAAGAAUAUGAAAAAAUCCAGCAAUGAGCAGGGCAAUACUAACUCUCCUGUUCUUGCUUUCCUGGAUCCAAGCUGAGAAACAAGGUUGUCUUCAGUUUUGUAUCAUGAUUUGUAUCUUAAGCAUCUGGUGGAGGGCACAGUUAGAAGCCAUUCUCAAGAGGAAAGCAGCAUAUCCUAUUGGUUCAGUUUGGUCUGGGCUGACAAGCCUGCAACAGAAGUUCUAGGGGAAGUUGCAGAAAGGUGUGAAGUAGUCCAGUGCCUGUGAAGGGUCUUCUAUUUUGUGCUUUUAGAUUGCCUGGGGCAUGAGAUUGGUAGUUCUGAUGAAACUUGAUAGUGGCUAUUAGAGCUAUGGAUUUCUUGAAUCUGUAAUAAAAGGCCAGAGAAGUUAGUUUGAAUGCUGGUACACAGAGGCUGUAGAAUUUCUGCCAGGACCUCUUUACGCUAAGCCUUGUAACAAAAUGCCUAAUGGUGACUCAAAGACUUCAUUGCCUAUAGACUUACUGGGCAUUGAAGCACUGAGUUACAUAUCCUUUGUAAAUUAUAUGGACAAAGUCAUUUAAUUAUCCAGAUAAUUGAUAAAAUUAUUAUAUGGUGGUGAAUGAGGACUUGGUUUUGAGGUACAAUGCAAGGUUCUGACAUGCUUAUUUAUGUUUUCCUGUUUGAUGCAUUUUGAGAUCUGUUCCUGUGUGAGUUUUUAAUCUGUUUAAACUGUCCCCCUAAUAGCUUCUUACAACACUGAUUUUUUUUUUUUAAUUAAGGUGCCAUGUUGUACUGAGUGAAUUUCUUUCAGAUAACUUCAAAUGCACUGUAUUGGUGAAGGUACCUUUGUAAUGUACUUGGGACAAGAAGUUUGUUAGCUUGACUCCCUUUUCUGAAGUUAUGCAUGGCUAGCAUUGAGAUACUAGUCACUAAAGCUGUUGACUGAGCUGUUGAUUGAGUCCCAGAUUUACUGGUGCAUUAUUGUGUCACAGAUCAAAAGCAGGUUACUCUUCGACUAAUUUAAGACAACUAUGUGAAACGGGCAUUUGACUGAAAAAAGUUUUAAUUAUAGGAAUUGCUGCUGUAGGGCUUCCUUGAUUAAAUACAUCAACAUUUUUGUUCCUUCCUUACUAUUAUAUGAAAUUAAAUGCAGUCAUUGUUUUGUUCCAGGUACAGAUCAAAAGGAUCUGCGGAAUAUUUCUGCAUUUUUGCAUUGCUGCUUUUACUUUCACCAGCAGUAUCCAAUGGUGGAUCUGCUCACGAUCGAGUAUGUGUUUAUACAGGUCUGAAAUCUUGCAGUUCUUAAUGCUACUAUCAAUUGAUAUUUUAUUGACUCCCUGAGUUUCUCUUAAGUUACGUGUGUUUUUCUUGUAACUAUUAACCCUUACUAUUUUUUCACCUUUCUUCUUUAUAUUGUGCUUUCUUUUUUGGAUAUUAAUUUGGGAUGUCAUUAAAUGAUAAUUCCUAGCUUACACUUCUCAUUUUAAAUGUUUAUUUUUUUCUAGUCACUUGCAAUUAUUGUAUUUGGGGAAACUGACCCUUUUAAAAUUUCAAGUACAAAUAACACUGGCUUAGCGACACAGUGUUUUCACAGAAUAAUUAUCAGAUCACAAUCACCAUUACUUAGAUAGCUGCCAGUUGUUAUGUCCAUAUUAACAUUUCUUUGGUCCACCAAGACUGUACCUGAGUAGAGGUUGUCAAAACUGUGCAGUCCCAUUUCCCUAGACAGAGUGUUUAUUUUGCAAAUCUAAAGAUGUUCUGCGAACUUUAUCAGAUCUAAUAUUGAAAUAUUUGGUGUUAGAUGCAAGAGAUAGUGUCAAAAAUUAUUUUUAAUAUCAAAGGAAGCCUUUGGAUUUAUGAGAUGACAGCAGAUGUUCUCUGUUUUGAGGACUCAUAUGAAAGUCUUUUUUUCUUUUUUUUUUCCUUCCCCUCCUUGUAAGUGCUCAAGAAAUGUUUUUUAACUUCUCUAGUGACACUUAGCAUCUGUUUUGUAUAUCUCCUGGUGCCUCUCGGUCCUGUGGUGAAUCACCUUUGAUUUUGUAACUUUCAAUGGCUUUAAUUUAAAACAAUUUCUUGUACCCUUUCUCACUUUUCUCUUCUUGCUGCCCCCUUCCCUGUCCCUAAUCUGUCUUUACAGAACAAGUUGAAACCUCUGAUUAUUCUUUUAUUUAUUUAUUUAUUUUACACCUGAGUCAAACAAUUCUUAAGAAAUCUUGGUAAUGCCUAGCAUAUGCUAUUUCUUCUCCUUCAUAAAGAUUUUCGGUUGCUUUAUUCAAGCUCCAAACAUUAUGUUGUAAAAUAAUAAAGGCAAGUUAUCUGAACGCCGGUUUAGCUUAAAUUUGUAAUGUCUGAUGCUGCAACAAUCUCAUGCACAGUAGACAUUUGUGUUUUGGUGGUUGUCCUCUUCUUACUAAUGCUUAAAUGCCUUCUGCCUCUUGUUUAUUCACACAGAACUAUGGUACUUGAAUAUUAGACUGAAGGAUGCUGAACCAUGCAAUUUCUGCUUUCUAGAGGAAGUGCUCCAGUAUUUCACAGAAACACUACAGUCCUGUUAACAUAACUUAUCCCACCAAUUGCUUAGCUUCCAGACCUCUCCUUCUGCUCAGGAGAUGGGACAGAUUUCUGAAGGAUUUCUCUAGAACGUCUUUUCUCUGGAAAAGAUAAACAUAGUCCCAUUUUAAAUUUAAGUACUCGGC